CAUCAUUAAAGGAGCAGAAGAAGAACUCACAAUGAUGGCUGAUCUUGUGGAGCUAGAUAUGGUUGGUGGAGUUGAGAUGGAGCAUGAGCGCACUGGAGGAAUAAUUUUAAAUGAGGGAACGUCCACACUUCGAGAUUUCAUUUGCGAUAUCCUCAAGUCAAUGACACGCCUGAGCACAGAGCUGAAUUUAGGUGAAGCAGCUUUAAAAAUUGAAGCCAAUCCGACCAAUGUCGGCGUAUCAGCUCUUCAAGCAAAGGACGUACUUGCCUCCCUGCACGAUCACAUCUCCACACUGCAGUCAAUAUCUGUAAACCUGAAGCUGCUGAUGAAGCCAGAUGCAAGUGAGGUACAGAAGAACGAUGCAGGUGCUAUUCAGCUAGAGGAGAUGGGGAGUGUUUCUGCUUUCUCACAACAAGAGGAGGUCAAUGUGCAGAUCAGAGCAAGCAAGUCAGAGAUUGACAGAAGAAUAUCAGCAUUUAUUGAGCGCAAACAGUUGGAGAUCAAUGAAAACAAUGUGAGGGAGUUUUGCAAUGUGAUCGACUGCAAUCAAGAAAACAGCUGUGCCAGAACUGAUGCUGUUUUUACACCUUUCCCUGGGUUCAAAAGCCAUGUUAAAGUGACGAGGGUGGUGAACCGGUAUGGACCACAGACGUGGGUGGGUGGACACCGAGACCUCUCUGGACUGAAGCAGAGCAUCGCUCCGUGUGGAAACCCAGCCAUCGAGGAGCGACUUCAAAACAUUGAGGCACACCUGAAUCUGACUGCAAACAGACCAGUACCCCAGAAUAUUUACCAGAGGCUGAAAUGCAUGGAGGACCGGAUCUUGGAGCUAGAAGGCCUCUCUCCUGAGUAUUUCCAGUCCACAGGAAAUCUGCACAAGCGGUCUAAAGCAACACCUUCACAGGCUUGCAGCCUGACAGAGCUGGAUAGAAAGAUCAACGCACUCAAGGCCUCUCUUCUAAAGAAAGUGAAUGAGACACAACCUACAGAUACAGAAGACCUCCCCUUUUGACUGGUGGAUGCCAAUGACUCCACGUUGUGAAAGGUGGUGUCCGGAGGCCAAAGAGGUGAUUCAGUGACGAGUAGCAAUGACCAGAUCCUGCUUAAGUCAUAAUUUACCCUGAAGUACUGUGCUGGUAUACAGUACUGAAAAUGACUGGACAAAAUAAAUGAAGGGAUUUAUCUGGCCAGGAGAAUUAACCAUCGCAGGGGGAUAAUUUUAUUGAGGCAAAUAACUAAAUAUUCAUAAGAAUGUCAUUUUUGUAAUUAAUUUCCAAAACCAAUGAGUUGUGAGAUUUUCAGAUGGUUCUAAAUGGAAAUACUUAACCAUGAAGUAUUCACUGGUGUUGACUUUGUCAAUUAAAUACGCACAAAUGAUGAGUCUAGAUGGGCUGAAAGGUCUAUUUUUGUCAUCAAACAUUCUUGUGUCCUCAUGAAAUCAACACUUAUCAAUAAAUAUAUAAAUACCGAAUGUAUCCGGACUUAUUUUAAUUAAAUACAUACAAGGCAGACAACGCUUAAUAUUGUACAGUAGUCUGCCGUUUCAUCUGUGGUUUCAUUGUUGAAAGUGGAAGACGAUGGGGUUUUUUCCCCCCCUGCUAUUUAUAGUCUUUUGUUUAGUCUUGAUAGAAUUUCAACUAGAUGUUAAAGUAAUCAUUUACAUUGUGUUUUUAUUUUGAAAUGUAAUAAGAGAAAUUCCAAAAGUUUUCAUUCUUCCUGGGACUGGGAACUUGAGUGCUCCCUGCUCUUAAGUUGUGUGUAAGUGGUAGCAAUAAAACUGCUUUUAUUUUCUA